AUGGGGGCCCAAAAAGCUAAACGACAUACCAAACACAAAAAGCAGUACAAAAAAUCAAAACCAAUACCCAAAAAUCAUGUUAAUAGUAAAUUUAAACAUCGUGGCAGUACAACUGUUGAGCGGCUGAAAAAACAAAUCGAAUUGGAAAAGUCACAUUUGCAGACAAAGGAAGAGUUUGAAAAUGAGCUACUGGGUGGUGGUCUGUCCGAAGAAGAGGAGGAGGAAGUGAAUCCAUUUGAUGAUUUGGUGCAGGAUUUAAGUUCCAGUGUCAAAAAGAAACCAGCCUUUAAGGAAGCUCCCCUACAACUACUGGGUGCCAAGAAAAAACCCGAACCAAAGUCGACCCCCAAGGCCAAGAAAGUGAGAAUGCAAUAUGUUCUGCCCAAAUUGCAACAAUUUAAAAAUCAUCUGCAAACAGAAAUUUCGGCAGAAGAUGUGGAGUUACUUAUCAAUGGUACAGCUGACAAAACAAAAACUGCCAUAGAAUGGCCAGAAAUGGGUCAUGGCUAUAUAACAACACCGGAAAUUACAAUUAAUCGCCAUAAGGAUCUAAUCGAUGAACAUCCACCACCGGCUUUGGAAAAUUCGGGCGAUUUAGAAUCACUAGGUUUACAACCAUUCUUAGCUAAUCGCAUUAAUCUGCCAAUGAGUAAUUUCCAAAGUGAACUUUUAACGCUAGUUAGCACCUAUAAAGAUGUCUACUAUCCAUAUCGUAAUUUCGAUAAUGCUGAAGAAAUCCGUCAGGUUUAUACAAUUCAUGCUUUGAAUCAUAUAUUUAAGACGCGUGCCUGUGUUAUGCUGAACAAUAAAAAAAUCGAAGAGGAGGAGGCGAAAAAUAAGGGUCUGGUAAUAGAUGAUAUUUAUCGUGAUCAAGGUUUGGCUAGGCCAAAGGUUUUGAUUGUCACACCCUUCCGUGAUUCGGCCUAUCGUAUUGUUAACAUAAUGGCGGAGAUUAUUAAGAAAAAGGAAAAGGACAAUGAUGCAAAAUCGGUCAUGAACAUGGAGAGAUUUAUCAACGAGUUUACCGGUGACACAAUUUAUUUUCCAAAAACCAAUCCCAAGCCAGAAGAUUAUGAGAAGACAUUUAGUGGGAAUACCGAUGAUAAUUUUCGCAUUGGCAUCUCAUUGACAAAGAAGACCUUAAAACUCUAUACAGAUUUCUUUUCAUCGGAUAUCUUGAUAGCAUCUCCCUUGGGUUUACGUCUUUCCAUGGGUGGCACCAGUGAUAAUGAUGUUGAAGCUGAUUUCCUUUCCUCCAUUGAAUUGUUGAUUUUGGAUCAGGCGGAAUUAUUUUUGGCACAAAAUUGGGAAAAUCUUCUCCAUGUUGUGGAUCAUUUACAUUUACAACCAAAAACAAUGCGUGCCACGGACAUAAAUCGUGUGCGUUCAUGGUGUUUAAAUGGUUAUUCGAAAUUCUAUCGCCAAACGUUGCUGUUCACUAGCCACGAGCUUCCCGAGUUCAGAGGAGUUUUCAAUAAUAAAUGUUUUAAUUAUGAGGGCAGUAUACGUUUUUCAAAUCCCAUUAUAAAUGGCGAUAUUCGAAAUGUAAUUGUCCCAAUAUCACAAGUCUUCCAUCGCAUAGAAUGCUCCGAUAUUGAACAGGUGUUUGAGAAACGUUUCAAAUAUUUUGUUGAGAAAAUUCUGCCACAAUUUAAAAGUACCAUAUUUGCCCAUUGUAUGAUUUAUGUACCGAAUUAUUUUGAUUAUGUCCAGUUGAGAAAUUAUUUUAAAGCGGAGACGGUGAAUUUUGUACAAAUUUGUGAAUAUACCAAGAAAGAGAAAAUGGCUCGAGCUCGUGAUAUGUUCUUCCAUAGUGGUGCCCACUUCAUGCUUUAUUCGGAGCGUUCGCAUUUUUUUAAACGUACACGCAUUAAGGGUAUACGUCAUUUGAUUAUGUAUCAACCACCCCAAUGGCCGAAUUUCUAUUCGGAAAUGAUUAAUCUAAUGCAUUCGUCAAAUCAAAACAGUCGUGAUGGUUUGGAGAAUUCAAUGAGUAUAACUGUGUUAUAUACCAAAUAUGAUAGUCUACAGCUGAACGGUAUAUUGGGUACGGAGAAUGCUACAAAUCUAUUGGAAUCGGAUAAGACGAUACAUGUCUAUGCAGCUCAAUGA